AUGGCUUCCAUAUGUACUUCGACGCGUACCCAAUCCAAAAGCAAAGGCAUUGUCACAGAGAAGUCAAGCAGUCUUGAAGAGACACAGACUCAGUUCAGCCACAAGGCCUCAUGGGACAAUGACUCAAUCCGAGUUUUCCUGCAAUUGAUUGCAAAUGAGAUUGCAAAAGGAAAUCGGCCAUUCCUAGUCCUCAGCCAAGCAGGGUACAAGUCGUUGGCUAGGAAAUUUGAGAAAAAAAUAGGAAGAAAACAUGGCCUCAAACAGUUGAAGAAUAAAUACAUGAGUUUGAAAAAAAAGUGGCAAACGUGGACAAAGUUGAUGGAUUCAAGCAAAGGAGUGUCAGGGAUAGGGUUUGACUGUGACACCGGUAUGUUUCAGGCACCUGAGGAGUGGUGGGACAAGAUGGAAUCGAUAAACAAGGUGUGUGCCAAGUUCAGGAAAACAAAUUUGGAACAUCGUGACUUGAUAGUGACGGUCUUCAUCGAUGCAUCAGCUACUGGUAAGCACCAUUGGAUCCCGGGAGAGAAACUUCCUGAAGAUGCUAAUGACUCAUCUGAUUCUGUGCAUAGUUUGGGAGCCCAGCCAUUUGCUGAUCCGAUACGCGCAGGAGUACAGGACGUGGAUUCAGAUUCAUCACUAGAACCUAUUCCGAUUAAAAAGGGAAGAAGGAAAAAGAUGCCAUCAACAAGUGUUUCAAAGUCGAAGAAGGCAACAAGUGUAGCAUCAGUUAUUGCGGAAAGCAUGAACAAUCUAACAAAUGUGGUGCAUACGAAGAAUCAGCAGGUUACGGUGAGGCACCUCACAAGCAACGAAUCGCUGUACACUAUUUCAGAGUGCAUGCAUCGCUUGACGACUAUUCCAUCCCUGAUUGGUACACCGCUAUUUCAUUUCGCCUCGACACUUGUGGACAACGCAGAUUACCGGGAGGUGAUGAUGUGUCAGCCUGAUGACGACCACAUCAUAGGGUGGCUUACACAAAAGCAGCUCCAGUGUACUGCGUCGGCGCCGUUUGUGAACCUGUUUGGGUUUCGUCGGAUGUGA